GUUCUGUCAGUGGGUGCGGUUGAUUUGGAGGAGCCAAUUGGUCGAAAAGGACUAUGUCUACUGGAAUUUCACAUUUUUGCUGUAGGGGGUUGUCGAAGUUGCUUGAACGGCGUAUAGGAACAAAUCGCCUGGUCGGAACAAAUCGGCUAUAUGACGAUCGCAUCACACAACAAAAUUAGGAACUAAUCGGCGAAUAAAAGAGCCGCCGAUUAGUUCCUCCGGCCCCGAUCGGCUGCCCGGUCCAAUUCGCCUAUGACGUUGACACGGUACCUAUACCCGGCCAGAAGUACUCGCCUAUGACACCGGCCAAGAACUAGGAGUAGGAAGGGACUGGCAACUGAAGGAGACAGACAUGGCCGAGAGUAUGAUGGAAGAUGUUUCUGAGCCAUCUCGAGAGGCAAAACUGGUCACCGCCAUUGUGAUAGGUGCGGGCAAUAGAGGCCAGACUUAUGCUGGUUAUGCUCUGGAAUUUCCUGAUAAACUGAAGAUUGUGGGUGUAGCAGAUCCCAGGAAGUUCAUACGGACUCACAUGCAGAAGAUCUUUGAUAUUCCUACAGAUAAUGUCUUUGAAGAUUGGAGAGAACUAGUGGAGCAGAAUAAGUUUGCUAAUGCUGCCAUCAUUGCCACCCCGGACAGACAUCACAUAGAACCAGCUUUGGCAUGCGCGGCUAAAGGAUACCAUAUUCUCUUGGAGAAACCAAUGGCAAUCACAGAAGAAGAUUGCAGGAAGAUAGUGAAGUCUUGUAAUGAAAACAACGUCAUGCUGGCGGUCUGUCACGUCCUGAGACACUUCCCUCCUAUGAAGAAAAUCAAGGAACUCAUUAUGUCUGGUGUCAUAGGCGAUGUGGUAAACAUACAACAUCUAGAACCAGUGGGCUUCUACCAUUUUGCACAUUCCUUUGUCAGAGGAAAUUGGCACAAAGAAUCCGAGUCGACCUUUUCUCUCCUCGCUAAAUGCUGCCAUGAUAUGGACCUCAUACAUUGGUGGAUGGGACCAAAUAGGUGUCAAAGUGUGUCUUCAUUUGGGUCAUUACAACAUUUUAGGAGAGAAAAUAAGCCUGAAGGUGCAGGUUCUAGAUGUGUUGAAUGUGCUGUAGAACAACAAUGUCCAUACUCGGCUCAGAAACUCUACCUAAAGAACGUCUUAAUGGGCAAUAUAGGCUGGCCUGUAUCAAUCAUCACCGAUGUACCUACACCAGAGUCUGUAAAGGAAGCGCUAGAAAAAGGGCCUUAUGGGAAAUGCGUGUACGAAGGAGAAAACGAUGUGUGUGAUAACCAGGUAGUUAAUAUGCUGUUUGAUGGAGGAAGAACAGCUACACUAACAAUGGUUGCUUUCAGUGAGAAACUAUGUGAAAGACAGGUCAGAAUAUUUGGCACUAAGGGAGAGAUUACGUAUUCUGGUGGCACGUCAAUCCACUUAUUUGAUUUCCUGACCCGUCUGACGAAGGAGAUCUACCCAUGGUCCAUCACGCCGGUGAGGACGAGACUUACAGGUCACGGUUGCGCCGACCUCUUCCUUAUGCAAAACUUUGUGGAAGCAGUCGCGACCGAUGAUCCAUCUCUUAUCACAACUGGUCCUGAAGACACGCUUGAGAGCCACCUUCUAACAUUCGCAGCUGAGAGGGCCCGCCGUCAGAACCGUGUAGUAUCCAUUGAACCACUCAUGGAAUGGUGAUGUCAGCUGAACCCCAUCCUGCUUUCACCCUUCCACUUUCACCUUUGUCCUUUGAGAGCCACCAUCUUAUACUUGCAGCUGAGAGGGCCCGUCAUCAGAACAGUGUACUGAACUACUCAUGGAAUGAUGAUGUCAGCUGAACCUGUCCUGUUACCCUUCACCUUUCACCUUUCAGAGCCCCCAUCUAACAUUCAUAGCUGAAAGGGUUCGUUGUCAAAAACCGGGUAGUAACCAUUGAACCACUAAUUGAAUCUUGAUGUCAGCUGAACCCGUCUUGCUGUCACCCUUCCACUUUCACCUUUGUCAUUUGAGAGCCACCAUCUUAUAUUUGCAGCUGAGAGGGCCCGUUAUCAGGCCCCCGUUGCAUAAAAGUUACUAUUAUGGUAACUUUGUCAUCCAAUGGUAACUACCAUGGUAACGUUGAUCACCAACCAAUCAAAAUCAAGGAUUCCAGACAAGUUACCAUUGGAUGGCAAAGUUACCAUAAUGGUAACUUUUAUGCAACGGGCCCAGAACAGUGUACUGAACUACUCAUGGAAUUGUGAUGUUAGCUGAACCUGUCUGCUGUCACCCUUCAACAUUCACCAUUGACCUUUGAAAGCAAACUUUUGCAGCUGAGAGGGCCCGCUGUCAUGGAUUGGUUGAUGUUAGCUGAACCCAUCUUGCUGUCACCUUGGACCCUUCACAUUUUCAUCUCUGACCUUUGAGGACUACUCCAAAUUUGAUUGUGAAAUGCAGUCUGUCCAUUACGUGGUUACCAAGAUCAAAUUCCCAAGGCUCAGCUACACAAGGUUUAGUAAUCAAUCACUCAUUGGCAUUGACCAAUCUGGAUCAUUUUGGGAUGCCCAUUUCGUUCAAAACACUUUCCAGGAACCAAUCAGGAUGGCUCUUUCAUAUUUGCAAUCCAUCACAAACCUAUGAGUUACUUGCUAUCUCUUAACUACACAGAUUCAUAUCAGAUGGUUGAGAUUAUAAUUAAUCCCAAAUCCUUGUAAUACAGGGCCCAAUCUUAUCCUUGUACUAUUGUUCUACAAAUCAAUUCAGAGUAGAUAAUUGGUAAUGUCUUAAUCAUGUAGACUACCACCUACAUGUAUAAACCAAACAACGAUUGCUUGUGCACUUUGAAUGUUUCACAGAAAAAAACAAAAAACACUUUUGCAAAUCUGGCACUUCCUUCAAAUCAUGGGAGCCAGAACAAAGGACUAUCUUUUGUACUGGGGGGUGGGGGGGGGGGGGGAAGGAGGAGUAGGAGGCAAUGCAAUAAUGGAUGUCCCCCCCCCCCCAUGAACAAAGGAUAAUCCUCUGUGCUGACACCCACACAUCAAAUUGACAAUCACACCAGCUCUGGAACUCUGUAUAUCAUCAGUUUUUUAAUUGUGACUUAUCAACUCAAGCUCAGCUGUAAAAAAAUAAUUAUUAUAAUUCGAUGAAAGCAAAGCAUUGAAAUAGGAUAUGAUUUGUUGGAAUUAAUAUGAACACUGGAGUGUUUUUCUAAAGAGGUGUCUAUUUCACAUCUAUGGGUGAUUAUGAUUAUUUCACAUAUUGAUAGAUUCAUUUGCUAAUGAAUACUUAUCCAAAAUGGUUUUCACACUUUGCUUGUUCAUUCUUCAGCAAGCAGGCCAAGCUCGUUAGGGUAGUGUUUCAUGAAAAGUUUGUCAGUAAUUUUCACUCACUAAUUUGUUCUCAGCCAGUCAGAUCCAAGGAAUUUGAGCUGUGUUCUCGUGGUUACGACUCUCGUCUUUCAAUCAGAGGAUGUGGGCUUGAUUCCCAACCAUGGCGUGUUUUCCUUCAGCAAGAAAUUUACCCACAUUGUGCUGCACUCAACCCAGGUGAAGUGAAUGGGUGGGUACCUGGCAGGAUUAAUUCCUUGAAUGCACUGAGAGCUGAAAGGCAGCUCAAGCUAAAGCCGCGGUAUUAAUAACAAUGCGCCCCGGAAUAGAUUAUUUCUAGAUAGAUGGCGCUAUAUAAUUGCCUAUUAUGAUUAAUUUCAGUGGCUUAUUUCAAUAGUCAGUGAAAAUCUCUGCCUACAUUUUUCAUGAAAUGCCCCCCGCCCUGUUGGCUCAUGUGUUUAUAUGUUUAGUAAACAUUUUGAUUUGUUGAAAACCUCGAACCAAAUGUUAAAAAAGAUCAUAUGUGAUUGAUAUGAAUGUAAAAUAUAUAUGCACACAUACUUGCUAUCUUGAAAAUAUAAGAAACUUUAGAAGUAUAGUCAAAUCCAUUUUUUAAAGAUAUACAUUUUAAUUUACAAAACUCCUGGAAGUUUAUCUUUCUCAAGCAACAUUUUGGUCAGUGAAAUUAAAAAUCAAGUUGCCUUUCAUUUUCAUUUAUCUUAUUUUAUAAUCAUUCUCAUUUCUGCAUUUAGCUCAUCAUUUUCAUAAUAUUCAUUGUAUCAUUUCCACUGCCUGCUUUUAUCAUUAUCAUCAUGUAGACUCACUUCAACAAUAUAAUUCUUUAUGACAUUUCACAUUUUGUUUAAUCAAUUGUAAAGGGCAUGUUAAAAAUUUAAUUCAAGAAUUGAAAAUGCAACUCCAUCCUAUCUUGUACAAUGUAUGCGUACAACUGUUAGUUUCAGUUGCUGCUCAAAGCAGCUUUUAUUUGUUAUAAUUGAAGAGUGAACAUAUGUUGUCUGAAUAGGUUAUCCUGUGUACAAGGCAGCAAUGGACAUGUAUGUUUGUGGAUCAAAGUAUUUUUUUUAAUCAGUACUAUUAAAUUUACAUAAGCUGAUAUGUUGAUGUUUGGAUGAUCAUAUUGUCUAAAAUCAAAGUCCUGCUUCAUGUUAUAAGAUUUCCGUCAAAAUGGAUUUGGUAAUAAAUUGCAAAAGCAUUAUAGUCAUAGCAUCCUGAAUAAUCAAAUAUACCUGAUUCAUGUUCUGGAUAAUAUGAUUUUUGAGUGGUGUAGUUUAAAUACAUCCUGAAUAAAGUCUAAAUCAGUAUUUUAGACAAUUGGAAGAAUGCUUGGACGUCAAGUACGAUUCUGAAACAAUAAACAAGGCUUCUGGUUCUCUUAUUUCAUUUAAUCCGUUCUGUAGGACUAUUCAUAAUCUAUUGCAGCAAAUCAAUUUUAUACUCUCAUUAUGUUAUUGAUAUAUCACAAUCUUUUUAGCAAAUUACAUUCCGGUGGAUCAUAUAUUUUGAGGCAGGCGUACUGGGUGUGAACUUCAUAUUCGUUGUUGACCAAUUGGUGUUGAGCUUAUUUUAGAAUCAGUACAGCAUCUAACUUUAUGAAUAUGGUCAUGGUCUGAAUAUCACUAGGUGUUAAGACUCACAUUGGGUGUUGGUGCUUGGGAAGGCUAUAUGAAGUGUACUUAUAACACCUCCAACAACACCAACACUACACUUGUAAUUACUCACUGUGCUCACUUUGUAGAAGCAAUGUGCUGUAGAGGUUCUGACUCUUGCCUUUUAAUUAGACCAGAGGGUCAUGAGUUCAGAGGUGUCUUUCAUGAAAGAAGUAGUCAGUGUCUUUCAUUAUUUGUUAUGCGCUGUUUAAAGCUUCUGAAAUCCAUGCAUAUGAUUGGCUCAGAGAAAAUGUCUCAAUGAAUACAACUUACAAGAUUGUCUCGUGAAAUGCUCCCUCAAACUAACAUCCCUCUGAUUAAAGGGCAAGAGUCAGAACUCUACACUACUUUGCCGACUAAAACACACCUCUGUUCUAGAGAUGUUAUUUCCGUCAGCAAGAAAUCAAUACAUGUGCUGCUGUUCACCCAUGAGUUAUUCUGAUAUUUCAAAGUGGUAUUGCUUGAAACCCACUUCUUUUAUGAAUAUAAAUAGUAUGACAGAACAGAUUCCUGUUUGAAAGGUAUUCUUAUGAUCUCUGACUUUGAACUUCUGUUACUGAGUUUGGACCCUACAAAGUGCUUUUGAAAUGCUUUGUUUCAAAUUAUUUGUUGACCAAAGAUGACAUAUUGCUUACAGUUUUUUAAUGUGACCAACUAUUUGGAAGAAUAUACAUGUACAUUGUUAAUUUUAUUUUGAUAAUUUUACUGAAAUGUAUCAGCACAGUAUAUCAUAAAUUAAAUAUGACAUUUUUAUACUAUCA